CUGGUAUCAGGACUGGGCUGGGCCCUUAGGGGGUCCUUGGGGACCUCCCUCCAGUCUGGACACAAAUCCAUCAGAAGAACAGGACCCACUGGCAAUGGAAAAUCAGCUACAGGCCGUUGGACUGUAUACUAGGGGCUGAUGUCUAGAGGAAAACAGAGAAAAAGGCCCUAAAAUGGCACAAGCAGGAACCAGGAAGCACCCAUGUGACCAGCUCGCACCUGACCCAGGCAGGGAUAUAAAGGGCCGGGCUCAGGGGGCUCCACACUGCACCCCUCCCUCUCUCUCCACCUGCUCCUCGGACCCCUCCAUCCUCCAAACAGAACCAUGAGCUGCUGUGACUGCUCCGGAGGCUGUGGCUCCUGUGGGGGCUGUGGCUCCAGUGGCUGUGUGCCCGUGUGCUGCUGUGUGCCAGCCUGUGCCUGCCCCAGUUGUGGCUCCUGUGGGGGCUCCAAGGGGGGCUGUGGUUCCUGUGGGGGAUCCAAGGGGGGCUGUGGUUCCUGUGGGGGAUCCAAGGGGGGCUGUGGCUCCUGUGGAGGAUCCAAGGGGGGCUGUGGUUCCUGUGGAGGCUCCAAGGGGGGCUGUGGCUCCUGUGGGGGCUCCUGUGGGGGCUGUGGCUCCUGUGGGGGCUCCAAGGGGGGCUGUGGCUCCUGUGAUUGCUCCCAAUCCAGCUGCUGUGUCCCUGUGUGCUGCUGCAAGCCCUGCUGCUGUUCCAGCUGCUGUGUUCCCGUGUGCUGCUCCCAGUCCAGCUGCUGCAAGCCCUGCUGCUCCCAGUCCAGCUGCUGUGUCCCCGUGUGCUGCUCCCAGUCCAGCUGCUGCAAGCCCUGUUGCUCCCAGUCCAGCUGCUGUGUCCCCGUGUGCUGCUCCCAGUCCAGCUGCUGCAAGCCCUGCUGCUCCCAGUCCAGCUGCUGCAAGCCCUGCUGCUGUGUCCCCGUGUGCUCCCAGUCCAGCUGCUGCAAGCCCUGCUGCUCCCAGUCCAGCUGCUGUGUCCCUGAGUGCUGCCAGCGCAAGAUCUGAUUUUGGGCUUCACCAGGCUCUUACCAAAUGAGCACCAUCCCUUGUCUGAAGUCAGCAGUUCCAACCUGUCUUUCCCAGUACCUCUUAGCCAGUCUCCUUCUUCACCCAC